AUGAUUUAUCCUAACGAGCUCACAUUGAACUUCUGCCUACUGCCUACUGCCUACUGCAUUGUCUUGUGCACCGUAACCCAUCAAGUUCAUACGAAGCCCCAUCCCAUUGAUGCUAAUGCCAAUGCUAAGGAGGAUCUAGCUUCGAGUGAUACCCAGCGUAUUGAGGCUGCCAGAAAUUUAUUUUUGCGUCUCGUCAACUCUAACAAGAUCGGAUACCUAUCACGUCUGCUGCAACAAAUGCAGACAUUAUGUCGUGCCUAUGUUGAAUUUGCCAACGCGGACGUAGAGCGCUAUCGAGGACAGACAGGUGAUAUUCCACUUCCUGCCACCUCUAGCCUCCGAAGACUUGUUUCGCCCUCCUCAAUAACAGAAAUCAGUGGUUCCACCAUUGGCUUUAGCGAUGCGUUUAGCCUUGUCGCAGUUCCUACUUGUCCUCCUUUUGUUGACCAUUCUGGUCGGUACGCUGGAUCAAUAUUCGACUCUGAUUUACGUGAUGCCGAGCGCAUUAGACCAGUAAGUGUAUUGAGGUGA